GAAACCUGCCCACAGCCGCCCCAUGACCCAAGCACGAUGACAACCAGCAACCAAACAAGAGCAAAGUGAGUGGACACAGCAUUACGUUGGCCACCCAAUCCCACCACCGACAAAGACCACAACACAACCCAAUUGAAGACACAAAUUCGAAAGCAACCACUCAACUCAAACGAAGAAAGAAAGAAACCAACGAUUACCUGAAUCGAAUCCAUCAAUCGACAAAGAUGCCGCAACAAUAUAAUCCAGGGUCCGGACAAGACUGGGGUGCCGUCAAUGUUGGCAAAGGGACGCUGGGAGCCAAAUCCUCCAAGCCCAAGACCGCUCGUGGAAUCGACAUGGCCAAAGCUGCUGGACUGGUCGCCACGGAGAAGAAAUACGGAGCCGGUGGCAACAAGUCGGCACACAGCCAUGGUGCCUUGAGCGCCAAGAAACUGGAAGAAGCCGAUGACGUUGGUAAAAUUGCUCGCGUGGACAAAUCCCUGAGCAAAGCCAUUAUGCAAGCCCGAACGGCCAAGAAAAUGACUCAAAAAGAAUUGGCCACUGCCAUUAACGAGAAACCUCAAGUUGUCGCAGAGUACGAAUCCGGCAAAGCCAUUCCCAAUCCACAGAUUAUCUCCAAGUUGGAACGCAAGCUAGGAUGCAAAUUGCCUCGACCCGGAAAGAGCAAGGCACCCCCCAAGGCAGGAGCCGGCGGAACCGCCGGUAAAUCUGCAGGGAAUGGCGUGAAUCGGGGUGGUCCACCCAAGCGGCGGUAAACAUUCUGUUUGAGCGAGCGAGCGACAAAAGAAAAAGAAUUACAACCGUGGUAGCUCUGGCAAAAAUGUGCCGUAGUAGAGACAUUUGGAUCGUCUCCAUUGUCUCGAUAUCUUGUAAUAAGCUUUAGUUCAUUCAUUCA